AUGAAGCGGGUUUUACGUAUGCUAUCCGAUUCCGACAAGGCUCGAAAAUCGAAUUAUCUUCAACGAUCAAUACUAUCAUCUGCACGAUGUGAACAUACUGAAAAUCAAAAUCUUGAUUUCCAAUUUAAGGAAAAGUUUGUGCAAAUAAAAUCUUGUGGCCAGUUAUAUAAAAAGUGGAAAAAUGAAGGCAAGUUCAAAACUGUUCCUAGUAGUGAUUUGACUUUCAAUGUUCCUUACAUCGACACUCACAGCAAAUCAAAUCAUUCAUCAUUGCCGUUGACUGUAGCUUUACAUGGUGCACCCGGAUCAUGGAAAGAUUUUACACUUCUAACGUCUCACCUAUAUCAGCAAGGAAUAAGAGUUGUAGCUCCCUCUUUUCCAGAUUUUCGCACUUAUAGGCCUGGAAUUUUCCGCCAUUCAGAUGAAGAAAAAGCAGAAUACAUUUCUGAUUUUUUGAAAGCUAUUGAUAUAAAGCAAGUGAAUACUUUAGUUUGCCACAGCAGUGCAAUAUAUCCAGGUCUACUGCUUUGUUUGAAAGAUAGGGGCAUCAAUAUCAAAUCCCUUGCAUUAUUGAAUCCUGGAUCUUUCAGUCCUGAAAAGAUGAGGGCUACCAAAUAUUUGAAGGAAUUGGAAUAUAUAGUAAAUGGCAGUGAAAAUUACAUUAUAUUCAAACUUAUGGAGACAUUUGGUCCCUUUUUCUUGAAAUUUGUUAAAUUGCCAGUUAGAGUGGAACACUGCUUGGAUCCUUUGUUGUCACUUACAGUUAUGACAAAUGGAAAUAUUACAAGUUCCAAAGAAAAACUACAGCAGCUAUCAUGUCAAAAGUUUCCAAUACUUUUUGCCUUCAGUGAGAAUGACACAUUGAUUAAUAAAGAAGCUUCAUAUGAUAUAGCUCAUGUUCUAGGAGCUGAAAAGUCAGAUAUUUAUUAUUUCAACUCUGAGGCACAAUUAGAGCAUGAAGGGAAAGAACUCCCAUUUCUAAAAUCACUUUGCUUUGAAAAUGGUUCUCAUUAUGUCUUUUGGAAACACUCAGAAGUCAUCAAUAAAGAACUAUCCAAUUUUAUUUUGAAAAAUGUGUAG